AUGGCUUUAGUGCUACUGAUGGGUAUACCGGGUUCCGGUAAGACAUACCUAUGUAGAAAAUUGAAGGAGAAAUUUGGCGAUGAAAUUUGUGCUACGUUCUCGUACGAUGACAUCUUCAAUGAUGAUGGUUUUAUGAAGUACAUAUGGGGUAGCGAAUAUACCGAUAAAAGUAUGCUACAACUAUAUGAUUUAGAUGAAAGUACAAAUGCUCAUAGUGAACGGAAAAGAUGUGAAAAUCGAGUAAGAGAAUUUUUGAAAAUAAAGUUAUCAACUGAGAAUAUCAUACCACCGGUAACUGUAGUGGAUGAUAUAUUUUAUUUAAGAAGUAUGCGAAGACCUUUCCGUCGAAUGUCAAAAAUGUUUCAUCUUCCGUUUCUAGUUGUGGUAGUAGAUGUACCACUUACUAUAGCUCUAGAACGGAAUAUGCAACGUCCGAUGAAGCGUCGCAUUUCGGAAGAUACCAUUCGAAAAAUUAAUCAACAAAUGGAAUUACCAUCAAAUGAUGAUAGUAGUUUUAUCAUCUAUCAAUCAACGAAUGAUUUGCAGCCAUUAGUUGAACAUAUUGAUCGUAUUAGAUGGAAAAAAAAUCUAUGGAUUAUUUCAAAUAAUAUUAGAUCAAAGAUAUCUAAGGAAAAUGAUGAAAUAUCAAAAGAUGGAAAAUGGAUGAAAUUGGAGCUUGAUUUGCGUAAAUGUAUUAGUGAAUUAAUUCGAGAGAAAAAAAUCGGUAAGAAUGGUGAUGUAUUAGCUAAAAUAAAGAAAAAUCUCUAUUGGAGAAUACGAACAAAAGAUGUAAUUAAUUGGGAUAUGGAAGAAUUAAAAAAUAUUUUAUGGAAAGAAUAUCAGGAAUCUUAG